AUGGAUGCUCAACUACAAUUACAACAACAACAAUUACAACAACAACAACAACAACAACUGUACUUUCAAAAUGUUUAUACACAUACACCAAUCACCAACAAUCAAACACCAAUCUAUGGAUCAUUCCAAAAGCUAAACCAGAGUCAACUUGUACUAAAAAACACUGGUCUCCUCUGUCAUCAGUACCCAUCAUCAUCAUUAUCAUCGAUUCAGUCAAUUCAGUCGAUUCAACCAAGCCAACAAGACCAAGAAUUAUUUGAUCUUUUACUCAAACAAUCAGCUCUUGUUCAAUUUGACCAACCAAUAAUGGACUGUACUGCUAGCUUUUUGUCCUCUGAAACCACAUUCGACAUGUCACCGUCAUCGGCAGACUCUUCUCCAUCCUUUUACUCGUCACCAACCUGUUCUACUGCCUCUUCCUCGCCAUUGAUGAUGACAACCCCAUCAAACUUUAUGCCUGAAAGCAUUGGUAUGCCAUCGUCACCUUUGACCGUCUCUCAACAAUCCAUCUUUCCAUUUGUUGAUCUAUACAACCACCAACAACAACAACAACAAGAUACCACCACAGUCUUUGUAAACAUGUUACCAGAGACUACGACCCCUCCAGCUCAACAAAUGUCACAACUAUUACCAUCACAACCCUUACCAUCACAAAUGUUACCAUCGCAACUGUUGCCAUCACCAAAGUCACCUCAAUCUGACUAUUCUGAAAUGAGUGAUACAGAUUCUGACAAUUCAGACCUUGUUCCGGGAUCGGCUAGACCCAGUCAUAUGAGCUCGGUACCAAAAAAAGUCAUUACACCAAAACAACAACAAGUCCGUAAUCAACAACGUCCCAAGAAAUCAAAAAAGGGUGCUAUUGUCCAAUCGUCGUCGUUGUCGUCGUCGUCGCUGUCGUUGGGAGAAGGAAUGACCAUGACUAUGACAACAAGUGCCAAUGUAGCCGUUGAGAAUGGAAAUAUGAAUCCAUGGACAUUCCAGAUGCAGGGUACUCUAUACCGUGACGACGAGACACUCAUCAAACGCCAACACAUCAUUGUGAUUGCAUCGUGUGACCACGAGUCGAGCGAGACCUACAACAUUGAAAACCAAACCUCCAAUGUUGACGAUGACGGUAUUGCUUGCAUCAAGGGUAUCAAGGUGACCAAGGCACUGCGUAGUCGUAGCCGUGCCACUCAAGGUACUGCCAAUGUCCAAAAGUUCAAGUUGCACUUUGUAGCCUAUGACAAAAAGGGCAGCUUCCUCGUCCCCAUCCCCAACUGCCACAUUGUAUCCGAAGAUAUCACCUACUUGGCCAACACCAAGAACAUGUUGCCACCCGACAUUACUCAAGUCGAAAAGAUCACUGCCGACAAGCUACCAAGCAACUUUGUCACUCAAGAUGCCGACACUUAUAUCUUUUACUGUAACCGUAUCAAAUGGGGAAAGUCAAACAACUUUUCAAUUGCUUUCCAAGAUCCCAGAACACAAGAGAUCGUUAGCUAUGUAACAGAGUCUGAUAGCACUCGUCUCACCCCAACUCUAAAGAAAAAGGUUUCUGGUUUCCUUUCAGUUCCAAUUGAAUAUAGAAAUUAUAAUUUGGUUGCUGGUUUUUAUUCUAAAAAGGAUAAAACUACUAUUUGGAGUAAUAAUAAAUAG